GUCGGGGGCGGGGGUUGAUUUAACCAUCAUUAUUGAAUUCAGAAGGAUAUCCGCCGAUGAAAAUUUGUACAAGGUUUUGUUGAAAAAAAAAAUAAAUCGACGUUCGUCGAUAACGUCGAAAAAUUUGAAACAAGGCAAGAAAGAAAAUAUUCGAAACCGGUAGUCUCGUCCGUUCGGUGUCUCCGUAAACGCCCGUAACAGGGAUUUGAAAAAAUCUACAUGCGAGGGAGGCCGGUAAAAGCUUUCGAACUUUUGUUCACGCAGCUUUUUGAGGAUACCCCGUCACAUGUAUCUCGGAGAUUUCGGAGACAGGUUUUUCGCCAGGUUCGUAGGUAUUCGAUCCAGAAUGUUUUCAGUGAAGCCGAUUCCGUAACUGAAAUCCGAAGAUGUUCACCUUUGAAUGCCGCGAGCCAGGCGAAAACCUAUUUCUGAAAUCUCGUAGUUGUAAUAGAAGAUGCCUCGAAAACCCGCGUGGAUUGCUUUACACUUCUAUGCUGCUCUACUUCGAGUAGAUUUUUAUCGCUGUGUAACGAGCGUUUAUCGUGGACGCGAUGAGCUAGAGAGACGCCGAGCGGACGAGACUUGCCAGUGAGCCGCCACAUCGGUAUAGAUGCCCCGGAAAGCUCCGUGGAUUGUUUUACAGUUUUUGCCGCUCUUUCUCGUGUUAAUCCUAAUUGCAGUUUUCCAGUUGCGUAACGCGUCGCGUUACCGGUGCAGCGAACACUCAAUGAUAAGCGUUCGCUGCGGGCGAGAAGAACCGGAAGGACGCCGAGCUGGUGCAGUUCCUGCAGGCCUCGGAGGGGCGACGGGACGCACGUUCGGGGUGCAAACCUACGGGUAGGUGAGACGGAAAAUGGAGUUGCGGACGUACGUAUCCAUCCGCAUUGUCACGGGGACACCUCAGAACCGGUGGCUUCAGUCGAUAUGGUUUUGUGAACUACGCCCUGGAAUUGCUGGUAGUGAAGACUUUCGACACGGAAACAUGGGAGAUCAUAAAGAAGGACGCCGCCGUCAAUAUGGAGGGACAGUUUCUAGUCCGUCAGAUUUACGACGACGAGAUUACGUACAAUCUGAUAUCGGCCGCUGUGAACCGCCUGAACAUCCCGGCUAAUGAGAUACUCGAACUCUUUGGAAAAAUGUUCUUCGAAUUCUGCCAGGAUUCUGGAUACGAUAAAAUUCUUCAAGUGCUGGGCGCUACGCCCAGAGAUUUUCUUCAGAAUUUGGACGCCCUCCACGACCACUUGGGCACGUUGUACCCUGGAAUGAGGGCGCCUUCGUUUCGGUGCACGGAAAGACCGGAGGACGGAGCUCUCAUCCUCCACUACUAUUCGGACAGACCCGGCCUGGAGCACAUCGUCAUCGGGAUAGUCAAGACGGUAGCCAAGAAAUUGCACGGAACCGACGUGGACAUGCAAAUAUUGAAGACGAAGAGCGAGUGCGAUCACGUCCAGUUUCUCAUAACCGAUUCAUCGACCCCAGGAGUUGUCUCGAAACCGAUGAUAGCGGAAAUGCAGACCCUGUCUCUCGAGCCAAGAGUGAGUCCCGCGACGUUCUGCCGAGUAUUUCCCUUCCAUCUAAUGUUUAAUAGACAGCUGACGAUCGUGCAGACUGGUAGCACAAUUACAAGGGUAAUUCCUGAGGUAUCAACUGGCAAUUGCAAGCUCAACGAUAUCCUUCUCACCGUGAGACCCCACCUGGAAUUCACCUUUGAAAAUAUCCUAUCGCACAUCAACACUGUGUACGUUCUACGAACGAAACCAGGAGUGAUGAAGGUCCAGACCACGGAGGAAUUCUCCAACAUGCGUCUGAAAGGACAGAUGCUUUACAUACCGGAAGCGGAUCUGGUAACGUUUCUCUGCUAUCCGAGCGUGAUGAAUCUGGAUGAUUUGACCAGGCGCGGCUUGUACCUCAGCGAUAUUCCCCUUCACGACGCAACCCGCGAUCUCGUACUGAUGUCCGAACAAUUCGAAGCCGACUACAAACUCACGAGGAACCUUGAACUCCUUACCGACAAGUUGCAACAAACUUACAGAGAACUCGAUGGCGAGAAACAGAAAACUGACAGGCUUCUCUACUCGGUCUUGCCAAUAUCCGUUGCCAGCGAAUUGAGACACUCGAGGCCAGUUCCCGCCAAGAAAUACGAUUGCGUUACCCUCUUGUUUUCCGGUAUCGUUGGAUUUGGGGCGUAUUGCGCUUCCCAUACGGAUUCCAGCGGGGCGAUGAAGAUAGUCAACAUGCUCAAUCAACUGUACAUAGCUUUCGACGUGCUGACUGACCCGAAAAAAAACCCCAACGUAUACAAGGUGGAGACCGUCGGAGACAAGUACAUGGCGGUCAGCGGACUUCCAGAACCGUGUCGAUGCCACGCUCGUUGUAUCGCAAGGCUGGCACUGGACAUGAUGGAUUUGGCUGCCGAUGAAGUUCAGAUCGAUGGAGAACCAGUGAAAAUUACGAUUGGGAUUCACAGCGGGGAAGUAGUCACCGGGGUAAUUGGCCAUCGUAUGCCGAGGUACUGUCUAUUUGGUAACACCGUAAACCUAACCAGUCGCACAGAGACAACCGGAGAACCAGGGAAAAUAAACGUCUCCGAGGACGCGUAUAGGUAUCUCUGCAUGCCGGAGAACCAGGACCCACAAUUUCUUCUGGAAUACCGCGGACCAGUUACCAUGAAGGGGAAGUCGGAGCCAAUGAACGUCUGGUUCCUCUCCAGAGAAAGGGAGCUCACCUCGUAACUCGAACGACGAAUAAAACCACUCGGAACUCGAUCGCUAUAAUAUUCAUCAUUGCUCAUAUAUUAUACAUCAUUUCCACAAAUUAUCGCAAUAGCAGCAAUAAUUACGACACAAAAACGUUGACGAUCUAUAGUUUAUUAUUAAUAUAAAUAUAUUGAGAAAAAAUAUACAUAUACAUACAUAUAUAUAUGUAUUUAUAUAUAUACAUACCUAAUAUAAAUAAUUCUACAAAGAAAUAUAUACAAAUAUUUAUUUGCUACGCAUACUCUGAAAGCAGUAGGUCUGAUUAGAACCAGAGGCUAUAAGCUCUGCGGUUGAAAGCUCACUUUCGGGCGAUUCGACUAGAUUUUGAUACUUCAAAGACUGUCCCCGGAGUAUUCUUCAAAUGUAACGCAUGGUUUGAGAACCUCCGGCACUCGGUACGGUCCCGGGGCCCCGAGUUGAUUUUUUUUUUUAAGAGUCACAAUUUUUCGGUUCACUGCUCGAUGGAUAGCUGACAGUCCUCAAAGUUUCAAAACGGGCAUCUAGUAUUCUGUCCAGCGGUAGUAAUAGUAUCAGCAGUGAACCUACUGACCUCAAAGUAUAUGCAAAAAAUAAAUAUACGAUACAUAUGUAUAUUUCCAUAUAGUUACUUAAGGGACAUAAAUUAUACAAAUAUACAUAGGCCUAUAAUGAUAGUUCAAAUUGUAACGAAUACAUGAACAAUAAUAACCAUGAA